UACCCGCCCCACCACCAAGCCCCUUCCGUCCCCUCCACAUCCCUUCCCCUUCAACAACAACAGCGCCGCCGCCGCCGCCGCCUACUCGCCGGGAGCCUCGCCGGAGGAAAGCGCCAUGGAUCGGUACCAGCGGGUGGAGAAGCCGCGGCCCGAGGCCGCCGCCAUCAGCGAGAACGAGAUCCGCAUCACCACCCAGGGCCUCAUCCGCAACUACGUCACCUACGCCACCUCCCUCCUCCAGGAAAAACGGGUGAAAGAAAUUGUCUUGAAGGCUAUGGGACAAGCUAUAAGCAAGACAGUGGCUAUCGCUGAGAUCAUAAAGAAGAGGAUUCCUGGGUUGCAUCAAGAUACAUUAAUUGGUUCGGUCAGUAUUACUGAUGUAUGGGAACCCAUUGAGGAAGGCCUUGUUCCAUUGGAGAUGACUCGUCAUGUUUCAAUGGUAUCAAUUUCCUUAUCGCCUAAGGAGCUUAACAAGAGUUCUCCUGGGUAUCAAGCUCCCCUGCAUUCAGAGCCACUUAAGCCACAAAGAUACCAGCAACCUCAGCAAUAUCAACAGCAUCAGCCAAGGGAAAAUCAAGUUCAAACAGAUUCAUAUGGACGCAGCCAUGGUAGAGGCAGGGGGCGAGGUAGGGGCUGGGGUGGUAGGGGUGGGUAUGGUGGAGGGUACAGUGGAUAUGAUAACCAGGGAGAUUAUGGUGGAUAUGGACGCCAAGGCGGAUAUGGACACCAAGGCGGAUAUGGCAACCAGGGAGGAUAUGGCCACAACCAAGGUGGCUAUGGGGGCUAUGGUUACAACCAAGGUGGAUAUGGAGGAUAUGAAAAUGGUAGCUGGAACUACAACCGGAACAGAGGUGGUGGUGGUGGCCGAGGAAGAGGCAACUGGGGAUAUGGUGGUCCUGGAUAUGAACGUGGUGGCAGAGGUGUAGGUGGCACUGGCGGCAGGGGCUAUGGGCGAGGCCGUGGACGAAUGGGUGGUGGCCGUGGGCAGGGCAACCAAAACUAUUAGAUCAUCAUGGUUGAUGCGCUAUAACCCGCCCAUGGGAUGCUGUAUGGCAAGGCAAACAAAAUGGGAAAAAACAUAAGGGCGUCAUCCAUGGAACUGCAGUUCUGUUUCCUAGUCCUCCCGUUUUUUAAUAUAAUUGCCAAUGGUGUCUGUACCAUUGCUUCAAUUCUGUGGGAUUUUGACGAGAAUGUUAAGUUUUUCCUGUGAAAACUUUCCUGUAUUUAAGAGCGCAUUUUUGGAUAGUUUCGGUUUCCAGCUCCACCUUUUGUGUUCAUGUGGGCUUUGAUGAUAUUUUAUCUGAUUGAUAUGUUGAUGGGCUC